AUGGACUUGUUCGACGAGCCUGAAGCCUCCACGAGCACUCACACCAACGGCUUCAAGCUCAACUCGAACUACGCAGAGCAGUACGAGCGCCGGAAGCGGGGCGAGGAGCUCACACAGCUGCAAGACCGGUAUGGCAGAGACUAUGUGCCCGAGGACGAAGAGUCGACAGAGUACUCGUCUGAGGAUUCGGACGCCGAGUUGGUCACGCCUCAGGUCGAUGCAGCCAUCCUCAAGACGAUUGCACGCAUCAAAAGGGGUGAUACAGCUCUCUAUGAUGAUGCCUCGAAGACCAAGCGCUGGUUCGAGGAGGAGGAACAGAGGAACGCGCAAUCGGCAGCCAGAACAUCGAAAGGCAAGCAAAAGGCCAAGGAAAGCAAGCCCGUCUAUCUCAAAGACUUUCAGCGUCAAGCUAUACUUGCAGCGGGCAACGGAGACGCCGAAGACGUUCACGAGCGCCCGACGCCUGCCGAAGAGGCAGUCCGACUCCAGCGUGAGACCGCUGACGCUUUUCGUAACGCGCUCAAUGACGAUGCCGACUCGGACGAGGAUGUGCUGCUUGUGCAGCGGGAAGAUACAGAGGCAGGCGAAGAGGACGAGGAUGAAGCUUACAGGCGCUUCUUGCUCGAGUCGGUAGGCGAGGCAGACGUAGAAGCAGCCUUGAGAUCGGCUAGCGAUGCAAGCAAGUCACUCGACGCGAUGCCGGUCGCAAGUACAUCCAAAGUCAAGCGUGUCAGAGAUAAGAAGAAUGUUGCAAGGCCCGAAAAGCCUGCAGAGGAUCCAGAUGCCUUCUUGCGAAACUACAUCCUCGAUCGAGGCUGGCUAGACAAAUCAAGUCGGAAACUGCCCUCUUACUCAGAAAUGGUCGAAGAACCUGCGAGAAAGGCGCCCGUCGAGCUCGAGGAUCCUGUGCCGCCACAGACUCGAGUAGAUGAAGCGUUCGACAGCGAAGACGAGGAGUACGAAGAGCGAGCAGACGAGUACGAGACAAAGUACAACUUUCGCUUCGAGCAAGAGGCUGGGGCAGAUCUCGUCACCCAUGCUCGCGACGCGGCUGCGAACGCUUCGGUGCGACGAGAAGACGAGACGAGGAAGAAGUCACGCGAGCUCGUCAAGGCCCGCAAAGCAGAGCUCAAAGCGAAGAAGGCCGCCGAGCUCGAUAGACUGCGCGAUCUCAAGUCACGAGAGAUCCAAGACAAGCUUGCAAAGCUUGCCGAAACCAUGGGCAGACAGGAUCUGCUCCAGACUGACAUCGACCUCGAGGGCGAAUUCGAUCCUGAUAAGCACGAUCAGAUGAUGCAGCGUAUUUUUGAUGAGCAGUACUAUGCAGAUCAGGCUACAGAUGCGGACGGCAAGCCCAUCUGGGAAGACGAUAUCGAUAUCACAGAUAUUGUUGGCGAGGAGCAAGCGGCAGAUUACGAGCCGGGUGGCGACGCGUAUGACCCUCUCGAGCCCUCAUCUGGCAAGAAGAAGGAGAAGAAGAAGCGCAAGGACAAGAAGAGCAAAAAGCGAGCGCGUGAAGCCGAGGAAGCAGAAGAGAAUGUCGACGUCGACCCUGCUGAACGGAAGCGGCAGCUUGACAAGCUCGUUCAAGAGUACGACAAGCUCAAUUACGGCGAUCUGGCGGGCACUACUCCCACCAGGUUUCAUUAUACCCAAGUUCCGCCUUCAGGGUUCGAUCUUACACCUGCAGAGAUCCUCAUGGCGACAGAUCAGGAACUGAACAGCUAUGUCGGCUUGCGGAAGAUCGCGCCGUAUCGCUUCGACGAUGACACCAAGAAGAGCAAGAAGAAGCGCCUACGGGAUCUCCGCAAGAAUCUCAGCAGUCGCGAAUGGGGAGCGCAAGUCCCCCAGGACGCCGAUUUGCCCGUCUACCCUAGGAAGAGCAAGAGGCCCAAGCUCGAGAAGAGUGAUAAGAGGUCUCAGAAGCCAAAUCAGGACGUCAACGGUGAUACGACUAUCGGAGCAGAGCAAGUUGCAUCCGAGCCAACAGCAGCGCCAGCCAAGAAACGCGCUGGCAAGAGCGAACGCAAGAAAGCAAAACUUCAGUCGGCUACGGCGAUAGCUGAAGUAUGA